CGCCGAGCAAUUUUGGUACUUCCAUGGCGAAAAGAAGUAUUUCGGCCCCUUUUUUGAUCGGGAGCUAGGCUCUAUUUUGUGCUUUGCCGCUUUUAAGACGCCUGUCUUCCUUUCUGAUGGUGGAACACACCAGCAUCAUGAUCGUUUCCUUGAAGUCUUAACCGAGCUCGAAAUACCUAGUAGCUGCGAUAAGAUCACAGUCAAAGCCAAUAUGGAACUACUCGUCCAUUAGCGUAACCGCGGGUGACAAUAGAACUGGCAUUUAUUAUGGUCGUACUGAACCAGAUACCCAUAUUCAUACCUUUGCAAUAUGCUGGCAAUUACAUGAGUUCGUUCGAACGGCUGACCCAAGUUAUUUGAUGUCAACUGUCAGCAAAGUCGCCCCAAUGAAAGAGGAUGACAUCACCACGGAGUUCAUGUCACUUCUGAUGGGUGACAUUGGUUACCACAUUUCCCCAAUGAGGCUCUGCUAUACUCGACAGUUUAGAAUGCUUGAAUUGUGCUUCUCGCGAGGAAUUUCUCCCAACUACGUCAGCCCAAAGCUCGAGGGAUCACCUGCACUUGGAUUUCAGGGGCUAUCCUUAUUCGAAUUAAUACUCCGGACAUAUAUAUUUCGUUAUGGGUACGUUAUUCAGUAUGACCACCAAGUUCUGUCUCCGGAAACCUUCAUACUCCCAUUACGUUUACUUGAACUGUGUCUUCGUUAUGGUGCUAGGGUACAAUUUAGAUUAUGUUUUGGCCCUGUCUGCCGUAACAAGCACAAUAACGAAGUCGCUCUAAAAGUCAGAGCAGAAUAUACUAGUGUUAUACAUGACCCUGCAUCCUGGGGGAUUGUGUCAAGAUCAUGCGCCCUUGCAACUUUUGCAGAACAGCGGAAUUGGGAGGUUACUCUUCGAGAUUUCGUAGAGUUAUGGUUCCCACAAGAUUAUAAGAUUCUUCAACAUUUGAUUGACAGAAACCAGAGUACGACAGGUCUCGAUCUAGAUCCACACACUCUCUCAGUCCCAACAUUUCCUCAGGACAAACUGGUACGGCCCUGGAGGACAGUGGAGCUAGGAAAAAAAUAUUUUCCCAUGGCAUCCUAACCACAACAAGGAACAGGAAAACUACGAGGUGAUAUCGAACUUAUGAUUUUGGCCAUACGAUAUUUCCAGCUUACUCGUAUGUUGUAUAAUUAAGGGACCUUUCCUAGACCUACAUGUUAUUGAAAAUACCCAUAGAAGCUAGAUUUAUUGGCUCUAUAUGAUAUUUAUUAAUAUCUCAGCAUAUGCAGGUUGCAUUCUUCAUCUCAUAUUUUACUUCGUAUAAUGCGCACUUGACAUCAUAUGGAUAUUUUAUAAGUGUUUCGGCGGCCUCUUGAACAAAUUGAUAACCUGAGGUCUAAAAGAUAUA